CGCGCCCAGGAGCAUUCGCCGGUCCUGCUCGGGCUGCGCCGGCUCCUUCCCGCUCCCGGCACUCGGCAACGGAGCUCUUACUCCUCCCCUCACUCGCCACGAGUUCCACGAUUCGCGGUGUAGCUCCGCCCCUGUCCCCGAGUCCGCCCCCGCGACUUCCCGAGUUGGUGCUCUCCUUUCCCCUCAGUCUCCUGCCGUCCUGCGGGCCUGGGUCUCACGCUCCGCAGAGCUACAAGAGUCUCUCCCGCCUCGUUCCUACGCCUCCGCACGCUCUCCCUCAGCAGCCACCGCGUAACCCACCCGCAGCUCGCUGUCUCGGACCCGGACACGGGGUCGCGCGCCCUGACUCCGCCUACUUCCCCACGCGGACUCGCGCCCUCCCGGCCCGGCCUCUCACUCGCGCAGGCAGCCGAACGCUCGCUUCGCGCUUCCCGGGCGCUCUCGCGCUUUCCGAGGCUAGCGCGCUCCCGGCCCGCGCGCUCCGGGCUCUGGCUUUUCCCGGCUCCUGUCAGUGCGGUGACUGCGCUGGGAAACAUGGCGACCGAGGGAAUGAUCCUCACUAACCACGACCAUCAAAUCCGGGUCGGAGUCCUCACAGUGAGUGAUAGUUGCUUCAGGAAUCUUGCAGAAGAUCGCAGUGGGAUAAAUCUCAAAGAUCUUGUACAAGAUCCUUCUUUGUUGGGUGGGACUAUAUCAGCAUACAAGAUAGUACCAGAUGAAAUAGAAGAAAUCAAGGAAACCCUGAUAGAUUGGUGUGAUGAAAAGGAACUUAAUUUGAUACUAACAACUGGAGGAACAGGGUUUGCGCCACGAGAUGUCACUCCAGAGAAAUUCCCAACAUUCCCAUUUUGUGGGCUCCAGAAAGGGGCCACAAAAGAAGUAAUAGAACGGGAAGCACCAGGGAUGGCCCUGGCAAUGCUGAUGGGAUCACUUAAUGUUACACCUCUGGGAAUGCUCUCUAGGCCUGUAUGCGGAAUUAGAGGGAAAACUCUCAUAAUUAACUUGCCAGGUAGCAAGAAAGGAUCUCAGGAAUGCUUUCAGUUCAUACUGCCAGCCCUACCUCAUGCCAUUGACCUUUUACGUGAUGCCAUUGUAAAAGUAAAAGAAGUGCAUGAUGAACUUGAAGAUUUACCUUCCCCACCACCACCUCUUUCCCCUCCUCCCACAACUAGCCCCCAUAAACAGACAGAAGACAAAGGGGUUCAAUGUGAAGAAGAGGAAGAAGAGAAGAAAGACAGUGGUGUUGCUUCAACAGAAGAUAGUUCUUCAUCACAUAUAACUGCAGCAGCCAUUGCGGCCAAGAAGCAUCCAUUCUACACCAGUCCUGCUGUUAUCAUGGCACACGGUGAGCAGCCCAUCCCUGGUCUCAUCAGUUAUUCCCAUGAUGCAACAGGCAGUGCAGAGGAACCGAUUCCAGACUCCAUCAUUUCUCGUGGCGUUCAGGUGCUUCCACGAGACACAGCUUCCCUCAGCACUACUCCUUCAGAAUCUCCUCGUGCUCAGGCUACAUCUCGCCUUUCUACAGCUUCCUGCCCAACACCAAAACAAAUUAGACGGCCGGAUGAAAGCAAAGGAGUUGCUAGUAGAGUUGGAUCCCUCAAACUCCAUCGAAAGCUGGAGGAGCUCAGAGAUCACCUAGAAGGCAAUGUGAAAGGAUACUCUCUCAGAGUAAAUGUCCAGUCCAGGUGCAGCAGCAAGGAGAACAUUCUCAGAGCCAGUCACAGUGCUGUCGAUAUCACCAAGGUGGCUAGAAGACACCGCAUGUCUCCUUUUCCUCUAACAUCUAUGGACAAAGCCUUUAUCACAGUCCUGGAGAUGACUCCGGUGCUUGGGACAGAAAUCAUCAACUACCGAGAUGGAAUGGGGCGAGUCCUUGCUCAAGAUGUAUAUGCAAAAGACAACCUACCCCCGUUCCCGGCAUCAGUAAAAGAUGGCUAUGCUGUCCGAGCUGCUGAUGGCCCAGGAGAUCGUUUCAUCAUUGGGGAAUCCCAAGCUGGUGAACAGCCUACUCAGACAGUAAUGCCAGGACAAGUCAUGCGGGUUACAACAGGUGCUCCAAUCCCCUGUGGUGCUGAUGCAGUAGUACAAGUGGAAGAUACUGAACUGAUCAGGGAAUCUGAUGAUGGCACUGAGGAGCUUGAAGUACGAAUUCUGGUGCAGGCUCGGCCAGGCCAAGAUAUCAGACCCAUUGGCCAUGACAUUAAAAGAGGGGAAUGUGUUUUGGCCAAAGGAACCCACAUGGGCCCCUCAGAGAUUGGUCUUCUGGCAACUGUGGGUGUCACAGAGGUUGAAGUUAAUAAGUUUCCAGUGGUUGCAGUCAUGUCAACAGGGAAUGAGCUGCUAAAUCCUGAAGAUGACCUCUUACCAGGAAAGAUUCGAGACAGCAAUCGUUCAACCCUCUUAGCAACAAUUCAGGAGCAUGGUUACCCCACAAUCAACUUGGGAAUUGUGGGAGACAACCCAGAUGACUUACUCAAUGCCUUGAAUGAGGGUAUCAGUCGUGCUGAUGUCAUCAUCACAUCAGGGGGUGUGUCCAUGGGGGAAAAGGACUAUCUCAAGCAGGUGCUGGACAUUGAUCUUCAUGCCCAGAUCCAUUUUGGCAGGGUUUUUAUGAAACCAGGCCUGCCAACGACAUUUGCAACUUUGGAUAUUGAUGGUGUAAGAAAAAUAAUCUUUGCACUACCAGGGAAUCCUGUGUCAGCCGUGGUCACCUGCAAUCUCUUUGUUGUGCCUGCACUGAGAAAGAUGCAAGGCAUCUUGGAUCCUCGGCCAACCAUCAUCAAAGCCAGGUUAUCAUGUGAUGUAAAACUGGAUCCUCGCCCAGAAUACCAUCGGUGUAUACUGACUUGGCAUCACCAAGAACCACUACCUUGGGCACAGAGUACAGGUAAUCAGAUGAGCAGCCGUCUGAUGAGCAUGCGCAGCGCCAACGGAUUAUUGAUGCUUCCUCCAAAGACAGAGCAGUACGUGGAGCUCCACAAGGGUGAGGUGGUGGACGUCAUGGUCAUCGGACGGCUAUGAUGGUCACCAGCAGGAGAAAGCUUUGAUGCAUGUCUACAUACCAUUGACUGUAUCCUGUAAUAUGCAACGGCACAGCUAGUUUUUCUGAUUUGGAUGAAAGUUGAUCUGUAUGGUCAACAUCUUGAACUCUAUUUCAAAAGAAUUUAAAUACCUUUUAAAAAAAAAACACCUAAAAAUAAAUCUUAACAGACAACUCUAUUCUGAUUAUAUCAAAGCAAAUUUUUCCUUUCUUGCAAAUUGCUUUGUGUGUUCAAUGCUAGGUCUGAUAGCGAUAGCUUUUAGUAGACAGCAGUAGGUGCCUGCAGAACUUGUGUUUUUCUCAUCUUUAAAAUACAGCUACUUAUGCUCUUAAAUCAAGGCUGUCUGCUUAUUUAUACUAGCUUAGGCAACACUUGGAUUUCCCUUCUUAGUAUGCUUCAUAACCGCUUUACAGAGAGCUUUUGCUUGUUCUUUAUCAUGUAUCUCGUGUUUAUGUGCACAGUGCCAAACAAAGAGUGACUGGGUGGUGGCCCUGCCCUGCCUCAAGGAGAACCAUCCCCACAGAGCGUUCGGGGGUGGGGGGGCCUCGCAUCCCAGUAGCCUCAUGGCACAGUACUCUUGGGCAGUAACUGGAUACCUUUUAUUUGAACAAACAAACUGAGGGGAAAAAAUGCUUCCUUAAGUGCUGACAGCCUUUUUAACCAAUACAUUUAAAAUUGUACAGAACAAAAAAUAAAAUCAAAGACUGAUCUUGUACAGAUAUUAGUGUUACCAGCAUUCAUGUGGAAAUCAAGAGCAAAGAAAAAACAAUGUUAAACAACUCUGUACCAUAACAUUUUCUGUAAUGAUACUGAAACUUAAUGAAUAAAAAAAAUCCUCAAUCAUUAUUUAAAA